GGCGUGUGAGGGAGCGGGACGGGACGGACCGGACGGGGCGGCGGGACCCGCUCCUGCCACCGCCGCUCGGCCGCCGCCCCGCUCGCCAGCCGCGAUGCUGCUCGUGGCCGCCGGGCUCCUGCUCGCCGUAGCGGCGGCGGGCGGGCGGGGGUCGCCGGCCGGCGAGCAGGAGAGUCCCCCCGGCAGCCGCUUCGUGUGCACGUCGCUGCCGCUGGACGCGGCGGGCGCGGGCUGCCCGCUGCCCCCCGUGCCCAUGCAGGGCGGCGCGCUGCCCCCCGAGGAGGAGCUCAAAGCCACGGUACUGCAGCUGCGGGAGACCGUCCUGCAGCAGAAGGAGACCAUCGGGAGCCAGCGGGACGCCAUCCGGGAGCUCACCGGCAAGCUCAGCCGCUGCGAGGGCGCCGACGGCAAGUCCGCGUGGAAGAACGAGGUGGGCAAGGGCAAGGACACGAUGGGCGACCUGCCGCGGGACCCGGCGCAGGUCAUCGACCAGCUGAGCCGCACCAUGCAGACCCUGAAGGACCGGCUGGAGAGCCUGGAGCACCAACUCCGAGCCAACGUGUCCUACGCUGCACUGCCCAGUGACCUCCGGGAGAUGCUCCAGCGGAGGCUUGGAGACCUGGAACGCCAACUGCUGAGCAAAGUGGCCGAGCUGGAGGAUGAGAAGUCUCUGCUCCAUAACGAGACAUCAGCCCAUCGGCAGAAGACAGAGUCAGCCCUGAAUGCGCUGCUAGAAAGAGUGUCUGAAUUAGAAAAAGGUAACAGUGCAUUUAAGUCACCUGAUGAAUUCAAGGUCUCCCUUCCUCUCCGCACCAACUACCUGUAUGGGAAGAUCAAGAAGACGCUGCCAGAGCUCUACGCUUUCACCGUGUGCUUGUGGCUGAGAUCAAGUGCUUCUCCUGGAAUUGGCACUCCAUUCUCAUAUGCUGUUCCUGGGCAAGCUAAUGAAAUUGUCCUCAUAGAAUGGGGGAAUAAUCCCAUUGAAUUGCUAAUUAAUGAUAAGGUUGCCCAACUCCCUCUCUUCAUUAGUGAUGGAAAAUGGCAUCAUAUCUGCAUAACUUGGACAACCAGAGAUGGAAUGUGGGAGGCUUUCCAGGAUGGAGAGAAGCUUGGCACCGGGGAGAAUCUUGCUCCUUGGCAUCCAAUUAAACCUGGAGGUGUCUUGAUCCUGGGUCAGGAACAGGACACAGUGGGAGGAAGAUUUGAUGCAACUCAAGCCUUCGUUGGGGAGAUGAGCCAGUUCAAUAUAUGGGACAGGGUCUUAAAAGCUGAAGACAUCAUGAAUAUUGCUAACUGCUCCAUCAACAUGCCUGGCAACAUCAUCCCCUGGGUCGAUAACAACGUAGAUGUGUUUGGAGGUGCUACUAAAUGGCCUGUGGAGACUUGUGAAGAGCGUCUGCUAGAUUUAUAGCUGUGAUUAUUUCCCAUUCAAGUGCCCCCUUUAGUAGGACAAUCUUCUGUGCAAUCUCAAGCACUUGUUUUUCUCUCUGCCCUUCCCUGACCUUAACUCCUCAAAAGAAUAAAACAUUGAGUAAACUGCCUCAGUGCAAAGAGAGCUGCUAGUUCAGGGUUGAGCCUGACUAUGAAAGGAGCACUUCUUGACUAGAGCAGCCCUGGCUUUCCUAUGGCCUGACCCAAAAAUAUGCUUUGGCCUGCACAGCCUUUUGUCUGGGCCCAGGCUUAGUCGGUGAGUUCUGCGGGGAGGGAGAAGAGCCCUGCACAUGUUCACUGUAGUACUCCUGAGAACAGGAGGUGCUGUCAGGGCACCAGGACUAACAGGCUAAGUGUGAAUCCUUCCUUCCAGUCUAUUGUCUCCCCUUUGAAGCAAAGCCAUUCUUUUUUAGCCCUUUUUAAAAGAAAUCACUUAAUCCUUACACUGCAGUGGUUAUGGUGCAACUGUGGGUAGAGCAGAACAGCCACUGUCCGAGUGCAAGGCUCUUGCUUUUUAAUUUGCAGAUUAAAAAUCCUUAUUUUAUGACAAAGAGGGGAUGUAUUUGAGACACGUUGUACCAGUUCAAUGUGAAGAAAGGGCUGUUUAAUCAGCACAGCUCCAUUGAAGUAGAGAUGCUUCAGGUGAGGUUCUGUCCCAAAGCCUGUCCUUUGCUAGCCAGGAUCCCAGUGUAGAUGGAUGGAUGAAAGAUUGUACUUGUAUUUUCUGUAGGCUGAAUGUACUGACUUCCUAGUGACCUGGCUUGUAAACUUUUCUCUAUUGUUUCUCUUGCUUUAGUCAAUGUCUUUAUUUUUUUAAAUAUACAAGCUGUGAUUAAGUGAAUUUCUGUUUUGUUUUGCUUUGAAAGGCCUUUUUAUGAGCAAGUGCCAAAGUUCAGUUUCUGCUUGCUGAGAAUUGCUACAUAUUUUUCCAGCAUAAGUCUUCUGCACUGGUUUAUAUGUUAUUAUGAUGGUCCUAUGUAAUAUGAAAAUGUGCUGCUCUUUCAAUUCUUGUUGACUGUCUCUUCUGUAAGCACUGGGCUGACUACUAUAUUUUUUUAUCAUUUUCUCUCAAUAUUUUGCAAACAAUGUUGCUGUUUCCUUGGCAUUGAUGUGACUACUUGGUUUGUGGCUCGCAGAUAGCAAAUGCACUGUACUGGGAAAGAGUUAAUACUUUUGUUAUUUAAAAGAAAAAGGAUUUAAAGGGGGGGGAGGGGGAAUUUAUAAAGCUAAAUAUCAUAUUUUAUUUUUCAUAUGUUUGAAUUGUAAGAAUAAUAUGGUGACAGUCCCAUUUGUAGGGUAAAGUUACAUAUUUCCAUGAAUAUGUAGUAUGCUGUUCUUAAAAGAAAAUUCUUAUAAUGAACUUUUAAUUAAAAUGCACUGUAAAAUGA